AUGGGCGCAAGGUCCGGCGUAUGGCCUGCGGGAAAAGAAAAAGAGAUGAUUCGUCAGAGAAUGACUGUCUGUGUAUACUGCCGUGCUCUGGGAGGUGACAACUCCGGUAUGGUGACCCGAGGCAGGGUGAGUGGGGGGGACGACACCGAGGAUGAUGGAGACAGCGAUGCGCUGAAGGCCGCUGCAAUGUGGAGCAAGAAGGCGGGAGCCAAGACUCCAUUUACAGUAAGUGUCUCCUUAUCUCUAUAG